GAUAAUCACUUGAGAAAGGUUUAACUUUCAUUAAUGGUCGAAAUUGGUCCAAUUUCUUGCGGAUUUUUUUGUUUUACAAAAACUGUAACUCUUUGAAGGGUUGAUAAUCUAAAAGUACAUAUCAAGGAGUAUUUAUGAUGUGAUUUACGUCGUCCAAACAGCUUUCUUUGCGUUUGAAAAUCGCUGUAUAAUUGGGAGCAUGACCGAGCCGGGGGAACCAGGUAAAUUAUAUCUCUCUAAAGUUCCUUGUUAUAUUUUUAAUAUAAAACCUAUUUAAACUAGAAGUAAUAAGACUAUUUUAUCAGCUUUUUAAAGAAACGAUUAAAAUAUUGAAAUUUUUAUCAAAUUUUGCAUGUCGGAACGGCAAAUUAUGGCGAUUGGCCAUUUUUAAACACAAUCAAAUAAGCCUCAUAUAUUUACAUCUCGCUUGUUUUUUUUUGUGUAAUGUUAGUUUUAACCGCAUAAAGUAUGGCUUUUGUAUUUUAUAGCGUAGGCAAAAUCAGUUUUGUGGGCGCAAAAGCUCUAUCGUGGGGCGUCACUUUGCCUUUAAGAUGUGACGUUUUGUAGUUAAACGUUUAUAUUUGUAUUCAGCAGUCGCUGUGUACACUGUUUAUUUGUGUUUUGUGAAUUGUUUUAAAUAUGCAUUGACAAGGGCAUAUAAUAAAUUGCAGGUGUUUUAGCCUCUGUACAGACAUGUUUCCAAGACAUGUUUCCUUGACAAAUUCUUUGCCUCACAGGAUAUUUCUGGACAUAUAAAUAUGUACCUCUUUCCCCAGCAGGCGGUGUGUGUGUGGGCAUUACACAGAGGAUUUUUAUAUUGUUUUGACACAAAGGAUUAUCCCUGGAGUGGGAAUUAUUGAUAUAUCUCAAUCAGAUGAAUGCGAGCUCUGACAAUUCUACACAUGCUCUGAUGACUCUAUAGCAUGUGUGCUGAUUGUAUUAUGCUGUAAUGGGUCAUUCCAGAAAACAUCCAUACCACCCCCACAGAGGAAAUUGGAAGUUAAGUUAAUGUCCUAAUACAUUUACUAUUAUCAGAAACAAUUUUGUCUCCCCUCCCCCUCCGGACGGCAGAAAUUUCCUCCUUGGGGGGGAGUGUGGAUCUUUUCUGGAACGACCCAAUGCAGUCUGAAAAUUUGUGACAUUGCUUGUCGACUCACCAGAUGUGAUAACCAGAUCUAGGUAGUUGAUUGUGAUCGGUCAUAAUUAAAGUGCAUAUGACAUGAAAUUUCUUAUUUUCUUGAAUAAAAGUUUAAUUUAACUCUUUAAGCUGUUGUGUAACUUAUUUUUCAGUUUCUUGUUUUUAUGGUUUGUUUUCGAGAUAUUUCAAUUUGUUUGAUAAUGUAAAUAAGUGCAGUGAAUAUGUCCGCUAAUUUAUGUCACAUUUUGGUUGCAAGCUCAACUUAGACUGGUUAUAAAUCUAUUAACUCUAAGAACUGUAGAUAUCAUUUGACAUUUUUCUCCAGUGUUUCAUCACAUUUACAGUGAGUGAAGUUUGAAAUUAUCAUGAAAUUACAUUCAACUAUUUUGAAGAGCUUACAACCAAAUAUGUGACAUCAUAAAUUAGCGGACAUAUUCACACUCAUUUACAUAUCAAACAAAUUGAAAUAUCUUGGGAACAAACCAUAAAAACAAGAAACUGAAUAAUAAGUUACAAUACAGCUUAAAGAGUUAUUUCAUUCAUAAAAAUAAGAAAUUCCAUGUCAUAUGCACUUUAAACUCAGUAGAUUCUGUUUGGCUGAGUUCAAAGGUCAACAAAGUUCUGAAUUUUAAUAACGUAAAGAAAUCACGAAUUGCCGUUAUUUUCAACUUGUUGCAUUUCAUUUGUUCAAUUAGCCUUUCUCACGAACGCCAAAAUCCACCAAUUUUGGGGAACUGUAUGUACUACUAUCCUCCCUUGUGAAAGAUUCUAGACAAUUCAAACAAUGUGAAAAGCGACUUUUAAAAGUUGUAACAGAACUGUAAAUUUACCAUUAUACAAACAACUAUAAUACUUACACCGGGCAAGCUUGAAAAAUAUGCCUCCAGUGCCAUGGUGGGAAUCAAACCUAUGACCUUUGGAACACUAGCCCAAUGCUCUGCCAACUGAGCUACGCGGUCAGGUCGGUUCGAACUAUAAUACUAAAAAGUUGUAUUUUGUGGUGCAGAGACUCUCCAACUUGGGAGAGGCAGUACCCCAAAAUGGUGGAAAAAUUGGCCGCGAGAAAGACUAAUUAGAUAUCGUAUUAAUUUGCAAUACAUUAGAAACAUUUCCACACAAAAAAUUUAGUCGUUUAAAUCAUAGAGAGAAGUAAAAUUUACAAUGAACAUAAAGUGUCAAGAAAUUAAAUAUUAUUUUGAUUUUGAAAAUCAAAGUUCAACAGUCAUUAUAUAUUUAUAUCAAGCCAAUCAGAAUCGAUUAAAUUCAGUUGUGACCAAUCAGAAUCAACUACCCAGAUCUUGGUCGUGUUGCUGGGGGUCUACAAGCAAUGCCACAAAUUUUCACAGUCUGUAUUACGAGAACCAUGUUACUGAAAUGAUUUUCUUUCAGGCAAGGGUGCAACAUCGUAUGCAUUUUCUCCUAAAGGGAAGCCAUCUGAUGGUAAAUCUAAAGUUAAACCUGCACCUUUAGAGGUCAGUAAUGGUUGUGUAAGUUAGUAUUCUUGUUAUAGCAUAGCAACUAAAAUUUGCUGUGUUGGUGUAAUGUACUCAGGUGAAUAAGAUGCUUGUGUGAUGUUACUCUGAGUGUAUAUCCACACCGAGCAGGCUUGAAAAAUAUGCCUGGCCACGGUGGGAAUCGAACCUACGACCUUUGGAAUACUAGCCCAAUGCUCUGCCAACUGAGCUACGCGGUCAGGUCGGAUAUUGGUCAGGUCGAUUAUUACACUGAUAUCGAAGGAACUAGACUCAAUUCCGAAAUAUCGCAUACUCGAACCAACCUGACUGCGUAGCUCAGUUGGCAGAGCGUUGGGCUAGUAUUCCAAAGGUUGUAGGUUCGAUUCCCACUGUGGCCAGGCAUAUUUUUCAAGCCUGCCCGGUGUGGAUAUACACUCAGAGUAACAUCACACAAGUACCGGUACCAUGUUCUCAACUACCAUGUUCACAGUUUAUAUUGGAAUAGGUUGAGUACGAGUUGCUGCUGCCAAGGGCAUAGUCUAUCCUUGCUUUUCCAUUAGGGUUUAUUACUGUACUUUGCUGGCAUGGUCUGCACAAAACAUGCAAAAUUUAAGUAUUUAUGGAACAGUUACUGUACACUGACUGUAGCAUGCAUGGCAACCCAAAAUGUUUUGUCCUGUGAAGGAUAAUUUAUCAGAUCAGCUACAAUUUACAAUUCACUUACUCAGUAUUCACAAGGUACGAUCAGAAUUCUAAUGACAUCGUCAUUUGGCAAAACAAAAUGAACUAUAGUUUACAAAGCAUUUAAUUGAGGGACAUCUAAUUCAUGGCCGGAUUUUGAGGAAAGAUGUGCACUUCCCCUGAGAUCGUUCUGCACAUCCUCUGAGAAUUUUUGCACCUCCCCUUUCAAUGAUAGAUCAAAGUGAAAAUUUGAUGUGUUUGGUUGUUUAGGGUCUACACUUUGUAAGAACGUUUUUCUGUAAAAUUAAAACAGGGAUAGCCAUUCAUCUCUGUGUCAAGUACCCUUUCAAUGCAAAGUUUUGAAAGAUGGGUUGUACAGUCAUAAUUCAUUAAUUCACUGAUACAUAUGUACACUACAUGCAUAUGUCACGUCGUUCACUUUGGCCCGUUCUAAGUCCUAACUUUCCAUGGGAGUUGUGAGCUAGACCGCUGCUUUUUUCCACCUCUCCCACUAUUUUCACCAAAAUCCGGCCUUGUAGAGUUUGGUCAAAUGAUAAAAGCACUAUCUUUAGAUAUCUAAACCUGUUGUGUACUAGCAUCAGAUUAACUUCUCUCUAUAAUCUGUAUACAGUCAGGCUCUGAAUAAAUACAGAAAAAAUUGGGAUAUUCAGUUAGUAUGUGACAUUCACACUCACGCACAAGUUAAGAAAUGAAGUGCAAGUCACCUGACAUUGUUUUGCAUACUGUACUAAAACAGACAAAUAUAUUUUAGGCUUAGCUAGAUGACAUCCUCGACUUGUGCGAAGCUUUGAAGUUGGACCAUCCUAUAUUUUUAAUUUUUUCAUAAGUUCUGAUCUAAGUCCUACAGUAGUUAAAAUUAUUUGGUAAAACAGACUGAGUGUAUAACUUAGUGUGUAUAACAAUUUUUAAUGUACUAUAGCACCCUGAAAUAUAUGAACUUGUCUUACUGUAGUUAAAUCAAGUGGAUGUUGGAAAUGACAAAGUCAAAGAACGAGAUAAGGAGCAGGAUGAAUUGGUUUCAGUCAAAAGAAAGGAAACAAAGAUUGGUCAUAGGAGAAUUAAUGAAGAUGGACAGAUCACAUAUAAAAAGGUAUGUUAAAGUUAGUGUACACUUUUCUAGAAAGUACUAGAAAUACAUGCAUGCAGGAACUCCUUGCUUUGCAAGCAAAACAACUAUAUUUUCCAAACAUGAAGUAUUUGAAAUUGGUUGUCAUGACAACAUGAUUCUUUAUAUUUUUUUAAUAAAAUUGGAACCCCCCCCCCCAGAAAAAAAAAAAUUACAAGAUUAGCAUUUAGCAAUUUCCCAAAUAUAAAAUUAUAUAUAUGUUAGGUACAGUAUGUUACUAUGCGUUAUAUAUUAAGCUUCAAUUUAAUGUAAAAUUCAACCACAAACUCUUUAUAAAAUGUUCAUUAAACUAAACUGCCUUUUAUUGAUAAACUUUGAGUUUGAAAUGAAAUUAUUUCAAAUUGUGCAAUUCUCGCAUUAAAAAUACAUGUACAUAGCUAAUAAAAAAGGGUAACCAAUGGAAAAUACACUAAAUUGAGAUCAGUAAGGGAUGACCAUAUAUGCACAAUGAAACAUAGCCAUGCGCCCACGAUUAUUGAUGAACUUAAGACUUCGCUAAUGCUUUCCUUUUCCUGGGUCACUGGGUGUAAAUAGGCGGGUAGAAUUAGUACCCUUGGGGAUUAUUAGUCCAACCUCUAUCCAGCAGUUUUGCACAUGGCCAUAGUAUGGAAAUUUUCCGGAAAUGUGUGGAAAUUUUCUGGAAAACCUACACAGUAGAAAACCAAAGUGUGCAAGUAGACAACUGUCUUAAACUAAUUCUUUACUAAUCUGGUGUUUUGUAAUUUUAGCAACCAUCUUCUGCAUUGGUGUCAGCAAUUCAACUUGGCAUCCAGUAUUCAGUAUGUCAGCAUAAUGCUACUAUUAAUAUUGCAGUAUAUAUGUUUGCCAACAUUUUCCUGUACGAAGUAAAGAAACUUAAUAUUGAAUUUAUCAUUAGGUUGGCCGCUUGUCAUCUAAAGUGGAACGCGAUGUACUGAUGGGUGAUUUCUAUGAAAUUGAAAGUGUGCUUUUCCCAAGGUAUCUACAACAUUUAAUUUAAAUGAGUAUAUUUAUUCCUUACAACUAGAGUAUUCUGUUAUCUAAUUAGUAAUUUGUUUUGUUUGUCUAGUGAUGGUCGUCAAGAGACUCCUGCUCAUCACUAUAGUGAGUUCAGAUUCAAAGCAUAUGCACCUGUUGCAUUUAGGUAAAAGAAAUUUUCACAUACAUGUACUACAAGGUAAACUGGUAAACUGGAAAAAGACGAUGUUUUUUGAAAACUGAUUCAGAUUCUAGGCAAAAAAACCCGAAGAAACUGAAAAUUCGGAAAAAACUGUUUGAAACCCAGUAAUAUGGAAACAGAAUGGCACCUUGUUCCGCGUUUUCUGACGAAACUUCCAACUUCCAAACGUUAAAAACGUAUGAAAAUAGGCUAAUAGCACAACUAACGGUGGCUUACUGCUUACACAUUAUAGCAGUAUUCUGUACUAUACAGUACCAUUAAUACAAUUGUUUUUAACUGUAGUAUAUUUUGACGUAAGUUAUAAAAAUCGGUUUUUCCGGGGUUUUCCAGACGGUUUUUGGAAGUAUGCGUAUGACGUACAAUAGCAUUGUGAGUACUUACUGUAUGAAUACCGAGAAUAGCUAAACUUAAGAAUAGCUAAAAUAUUCAAUACCUUCAACAGGCCUUCAGAUUGCAGGUGAAUCUGCAAAUAUAUAAUAUAUAUUAGGGAGGUUCAGAUGUGACUUCCACUACUGCUACAUACAGUACAUGACCUCCCAUGCACGGGCUUAAUACACGCAUUUGAUUGUUAAUCGGAUAGAUUAAUUAAAUGCAUCCGAUUGUGUAUUAAAUUGGUAACGGUAGCACUAGUGUAUACCAAAAUCUGGACCUCUCUGUUAUUAUUAUUGUUAUUGUUAGCUUAUUUUCAUGCUAUACACUCAGAUAAAUACACUGCUUGUACUGUAGCUACACAUAAGUCAUGUCAGUAUUCCAAAAUAAAUGUGCAUGAACACUCUAUACAAUAUAUUUAAAUUGUAUCUAUAUUUAUUACGUCCAUACUGUAUCAAUCUAUAUUUACUGUACAAGAUGUGAAUUGAGAGAAUUACAACUACCUAGUGAACAAAUACAACCUGAACUUUGAGCGAGCGAUGAAGGGCCUUCGCCCGAAACGUUACAUUUCUGCUUACAGUAUAUUUUUCAGGUAGUUGUCUGCAAUGCCGGAUUUUGGCGGAAAUAGUGGGGGAGGUGGGGAAAAAAUUAGGGGAGGUGCAGCAGUCAAGCUCACGACUCCCAUGGAAAGUUAGGUCUUAGAAUCCUCAACGACGUUACGUAUGCAUCCAGUGUUUUAAUUAAUUACUGUAUGUCUGUACAGCUCAUCCAAUUUUGCCCUUCAUUACAAUUAACUACAAAGUUUCUUUCAAAACAUUGCAUUAAAAGGAUGCUUGUCGCAGAGACGAAUGGCUAUGACUGUUUCAAUUUUACAGAAAAAACCCUUUCUUACGAAGUGUAGACCAUAAGCAACCAAAAAAUGUCAAAUUUUCACUUUGAUCUAUCAUUGAAACUUUCCCAAGGCGAGGUGAUUGACUUUUCAGGGGAGGUGCAAAAAUUUUCAGGGGAAGUGCAAAACGAUCUCAGGAGAGGUGCGCACCUCCCCUCAAAAUCCGGCCAUGCUUGUGUGCAUCUCUUUCAAUCCGCUCCUGUCUUGUUAUUAUUGCUACCCACACUGGGACACAAACACAUGGCAAUAGACCUUUCCCCUUUUAAGUGAAAUUUUGAUCUAGACAAGUCUGGACAAAAAUUUCAUUACAGCUUGAAAGAGCAUCACAAAAUUAGUAAUAUUCCGAAGUUUCGUUGCGAAAUGUUGUAAAAUGCGGAUACUAUAGCCUUGCGAAGUUUGCCGUUUUUCACCUUUUCAGUCAUUUGGUAUUACAAACGGGAAAUUGAUAAUCAGAUGAUCAAACUGAUUAUCAAUUUCCCAUUUGUAAUCAAAAUGACUGAAAAACGGCAAACUUCGCAAGGCUAUAUUAUCCGCAUUUUACAACAUUUCGCAACGAAACUUCGGAAUGUUACUAAUUUUGUGAUGCUCUUUCAAGCUGUGAUGAAAUUUUUGUUUAGGCUUGUCUAGAUCAAAAUUUCACUUAAAAGGGGAAAGGUCUAUUUGUUGUCUAAUAUCCUCUGUCUUUAUGUUACUAGGUAUUUUCGAGAGUUAUUUCACAUAGCACCUGAUGAUUUCCUA